GAAAUGUUAAAAACGUAAUGGUGGCUGCUUGCGGUCCAUUCCAUUGCUGACAACAUUAUUUAUAAAACCGUGUGAAAACCUUCAAAAACUAAAAUUUUGCCCGAAGAUUGUUGGAAUAAACGAUCAGUAUGAAUCAAUGUUGCUUUAUUUGCAACAAUAGAGCAUCGCUGGCCCUCAAAAAUGCUAUCAACCUCUUUGGAGAAGAUAGCAAAUUUCCCUCAGGAAAGAAAAUUUCAGAAGUUCUAAGCGAGAUAGUUGGAAAGCCUGUUCAAGAUAAAAAAGUGCAUACUGAUAUUUUAUGUAAGAAGUGCUGGAAAAGCUGUAACGAUUAUGAUACCACUCGCAUCAGAUUAGAAACAAUGAAAUCGGAAUUACUAGGACAAUUCAAAUCAACGAUAACAGCUUACAAAUUAGAUUAUGAAAAUUAUGAAAAAAAUGAAUAUGGGACACCUCAGAAACAGAAAGCGGUUGUAGGAAAGAAAUUGGUGUUGCCAGCCUCAAAAUUACAACCUAUACCCCCGGAUUUGUUACUAAAAGUUGGGAAAUUAGCGGCUUUUUCUAAACCUAAUAUUAUUUUACCACAAAUAAAGCCAGUUACAGCCUCAACUUUAAACUUAAAAGUAACAGUCGGAUCCUCAGUUCUAACUCAAACAAUAAAAACAACAACGGCCAAACCUAUAGAAAAACAACAAAUCGACACAAAUUCCAUAUUAAAUUCUCUCUCGAAUGCAUUGAAAGAUGAUAUAGACAGUUUGACAACGGCCGAUGAGAAAUCCAUAAUCAAUUUUGAUAUAAAUUCUUUACCAAAAGACUUUUUGUCAGGAACAGUUUUGAGGAAGAUGAAUGAAAAAGACAAUGGGAAAAGUAAUAACAUAACUGAUGAUCAUCCGAUGGAAAUUGAUGAAGAUUGUCUAUCAGUGGUUCCCGUCACGUCAGCGGGUAAUGGGCUUCUCUUACAAGUGGAGAGCUUACAGUCCACUCCCCGGACUGAAGGGACACAUUAUUUGGACAUCGACCCCCUGGACAUUUCCGGGGGUAAUUCAGACUCCCAGAAAUAUAUACUUGGCAAGCUACAAAUGCUAAACGAACAGGAGGAUGAUGAUGAUGAUGAAGAAGGCCGUAUAAGCAAGGGAGUGAAGAAAUGGUUUGUAGAUGACCCCUUAUUACUAUUUACAGAUACAAUCGUAGUGGACAGUGAGAACGGUUCGAUACUGCGUAUGGUAACGGGUCAGAAGUUUAUAUACGAGGGCGGCGAGAUAUCCUUGGUAAUGCCUGAUGAUGAUCAGGUCGAGGGCAACGGGGAACAGCAAGACCAUGGUGAUAGUCAAGAUUCCAAUGACGAGUCGCAAAUAGAGUUGCAAGUAUCGGGAGAUGAAGAAACUGCGAACGCCAUCAUAGCGGCGGCACAGGAACAAGGUGGAGCGUUUAUAAAGGUGGAGUCGGGCGAGAUGUUCCGCGUGAAGUCAGUAAGUAGCGCGGCCCGGCCCGCCACCCCACUGCAGAUAGUCGCGCCGCAGGGAGACAAGUUCAAGUGUCUACUCUGCGAGAAAAAUGGUACAGACCAGGACCUGGUAAGCGAAGCUGACGAAAUGAUGCGACAUUUGAAGACCGUUCACGACGCUCGCAUCUACUUGUGUCGGUUCUGUGGCGCUGUUAUGAGGAAACGUAACGAAUACGCCACUCAUAUAGGGAAUUGUGGUCAUGACGACUUAUCUUUGGUAAGAAAUUGCGGUCCUGACCACCACAAUGAAGAUGAUAAAAGUUCCAAAUCUAGCCGAAGCGAGCUAGCCAACUCAAACCAAUUGUGGAAAUACAUCAACACUGACAACAACACCUUCGAGUACAACUGUGAACCCAACAUGGCAUCAGACAACUCAAGUUGCGGUAUGGUGGUGGAUUUGAUUGGAGCUACCUUGCUUUUAGCGGUGAUGAAUAUGUGCAGCUGUAAACGGGACGCAGAUUCACAAUAUCCACCGAGAUAUCUUGAAGGUGAGAACUAUUUUAGAAAUGAUUCCAAGCAUACUGAAUAUGCGCGGGAGCAAGUUCACCCCAAAAACAUUUAG